CUAAUAGUUUCCAGUUGAGAGCAAUCAUGGUCAAUAUUAAAGAAAGCUAUCGACAACUUGGUCUUGAUGAGAAAAGUGCACAAUUGAAACUACAGAGUCAUAUGUUGUCUGAGAUGCUCAACCAAAAAGAUAUCAUGGUUCCUAAUUUAGGAGUCGCACAAGAAAGGUUGAAAGACAAGGAAAUAUUUCUCGUUCUUGAUGAUGUUGAUCGGUUAGAACAACUGGAUGCCUUGGCAAAAGAAACUCGGUGGUUUGGUCCUCGAAGUCGGAUUAUCAUCACAACACAAGAUCUAAGAGUUUUAGAGGCACAUGGGAUCAACCAUAUUUAUAAAGUGGAUUUUCCAUCAACUCAUGAGGCUUUUCAAAUGGUCUGUAUAUAUGCUUUUGGUCAGAAGAACCCUGAAUAUGAUUUCACAGAACUUGUUUGGGAAGUUGCAAAUCUUGCUAGUCAACUUCCUCUAGGACUAAAGGUUAUGGGCUCCCACUUCAAGAGAAAAUCCAAGCAAGAGUGGAAAAAUGCUCUACCAAGUUUGAAGAAUCGCCUUCACGCGGAUAUUGUGAGUGUUUUAAAGGUCAGUUAUGAUGCCUUAUGCGAUGAUAAUAAAAAUUUAUUCAUUCAUAUAGCUUGCUAUUUCAAUCACGAAGAACUUGAGAAAGUUGUAGCGUAUCUUGCGAACUGUUUCGAGAAUGUGAGGCACAGACUUGAUGUCUUAGCUGAGAAAUCUCUUUUAUCUAUGGAGAAUUCGAAAAUAGGAAUGCAUAGUCUGCUAGUAAAACUCGGUAAAGAUAUUGUUCGUAAACAGUUUGAUGAGCCUGGACAACGCCAAUUUUUUGUCGAUAGUGGAGAGAAUUGUGAAGUAUUACUGGCUGAUGAGGCAACAGGUAGUAGAGGUGUUAUUGGUAUAGAUUGUAGAUUUAAUGGAAGAAAAUUAAAUAUAAGCGGGAGAGCUUUUGAAAGAAUGUCUAAUCUCCAAUUCUUAAGAUUAAAAGGAUUCUAUUACGAUGCAUGGUAUAUAUCACAUGGUCUAAGCUAUCUCUCUCCGAAACUUCGAAUACUAGAUUGGAAUUAUUUUCCUGCGACACGUUUGCCUUCCAAUUUCAACCUGAAGUUCCUCGCGGAAUUAGACAUGAGCAAAUAGCAAUAGCAACCUUGAGA